AUGGUCAAGAACCACUUGUCCCCUUUUAUUGCCAAACGCUUCAGUAACCAGGGAGAACCUGCCAUUACGGUCACCCAGUCCAACAUGGAAACCGAGCAGAAGCACCAGCAGGACAAGGUGCCGGGAAGACCAAACAAGGAAGCCACCCCUGCCUCCGGGGAUGCCUGCAGGACCGGGAAUCAAGAUCCUGCUGCCUCCAUUCCCACGGUCUCCAGCGAUGCGUCUCCCUCGGGCGCCGCCGCCCUGAGCAGCAGCAAAGCCGGUUCUACCGCUGCCGCCAUUUUCACUGCCGAUGAGAACCCGGGGCUGCCCAUCAUGGCUCCUGUUUCGGCGGAAAGGCAUUCUGACCUCCAGGCCUGCUGCAGUCUUCACGAAUACCUUGGAUGUGAGGUGCCUGAGGGGGGCAGCCAGGCUGCUGUGGGGCCACCCCCGAAGGCCACUGGCCACGCCGAGCACCCAGCCGGGACCAAGAGCCCCUGGAACAACCGUCGUAGGAAGCAGCCCUGUGGCAACCCGGUUGCCUGGGCUCAGAAGCCUCCAGGGCGGUGUCUGUUUCCUAGGCUUUUGCCGCUGCCUUCUCCGGGGUCCCAGCCCAGCAGCCGUCGCUAUUCCCAGGCUUCUACGUGGAGUCAGGCAACCCAGCCAGGCCCUGCACUCCUAAGCCGUGCCUCCGAGGCAAGGCCUGCUAGCCAAAGUUUCAUCACCCUGCCAGCUUCUGCUCGCCACAGAUACGCAUCUGGUCCAGGCCCUGUCUUCCGACGCUGCACCGCCCCGCCAGGCCUGCCUUUUCCACCAUUUGCCAUUCAUCUAGAUCCUGCUCGUCUAGGCCCUGAAUCUGCGCCAGGCCCCGCUCCGCGAGGUCGUCCGUCUGCGCCAGGCGCCGCUCGCGGAGGCCGUCCGUCUGCGCCAGGCCCCGCUCCGCGAGGCCGUGCGUCUGCGCCAGGCCCCGCUCGCCGAGGCCGAGCAUCUGCGCCAGGCGCCGCUCCGCGAGGCCGUGCAUCUGCGCCAGGCCCCGCUCGCCGAGGCCGAGCAGCAAGGUCAACCCCUGCUCGUCGUAGCACCAGCAUGACGCCAGGCACUGGCCGCCUUCUCAGCCGCCGCUCUGUAUCUGGGCUAGCUGAUGAGAAUCCUUCCUGUGGGGCUGGGUUACGAAGGCUUGCCUUUCAGAGCAGCUCAGGCUCUCCUGAUUCCGAGGUGCCAAGCAGUCCUUCCCCACCUGUUUGGCGUGCAGUCCGUAUGCGUGCCUCCUCACCCUCACCCCCUGGGAGGUACUUCCUUCCCAUCCCUCAGCAGUGGGAUGAGAGCUCCUCCUCCUCAUCCUCCCCAAGUAGGCCUCCUGGCACAAGUCCCUCCUCCUCCCCGACUAAGAUUUCUGGGCAGGGUUCCUCUUCCUCUUCCCCUGAGUUUUUGGGCCUGAGAUCUAUCUCCACUCCUAGCCCUGCUAGCCUUAGGCGUGCCUUGUUGCCUGAGCUUUAUGCUCCAAGCCCUGUCCCUCCAGAAGAGCAGGCAGAAAUAGAGAGCACAGCUCAUCCCCCAGCACCACCUGAGCUGUGA